CUCAUUGAAAACCUGCGCCAUCAUGGCGUCAGCUGGCGUUCCUCACACGGCCACACUGGACGAUUACUCUGUGUACGGCAACCUGAGUGACGACGAGCUGCUGCAGCUCGCCGUCGAGCGUAGUCUGGCCGACGCACACGCUGGCUCCACCCUCAACACAAGCCUGCAGCUUCCUGACCCGAAGGUCAACGCGAGUGACGCCUGCCAAAUUUCACCUGCGCAGAAAACCGCUGCCCACUACAGUUCGCCAAACCCUCCCAGCGAAAAGCCUCCUGAUUUGAAGAACUUUGACGGCACUGUCAGUUGUUUCAUGACUGGUUAUGGGAAGAAGAUGUUGGCUUAUCGAAGCUCUGACGGCACUUUGGUCCAUGUGGCUCCAGAACUUCAGGAGGAGGAGGAGCCUUUAUUUGAAGCCAUCCGGGUCGGUGAUGUGGAUCGAGUGAAAGCUCUAAUUAGAGGUUCUGGAAGCAACCUGAUGCUGCCCAGUAAACCAGGCUGGCUGGCCAUCCAUCAGGCUGUCUGGUACGAUCAGGAGGCAUGUCUGAGAAUACUCCUAUCAGCUCAGCCAGGGAUGGUCAACAAACGCACACAACGCGGUGAGACGCCGCUGCUGUUGUCCGUCAACAGGGAGCAUCUACAAUGUGCUGAAAUUCUGCUGGAGAACGGCGCUAAUCCUGAUUUGGCUAAUCAGGAACGCGAGACUCCACUGUAUAAAGCCUGCGAGAUAAGCAACCCUUCGCUGGUGGCGCUCUUGCUCAAUCACGGCGCAGCGGUCAACACUCAGUGCUUUCAUGGCUGCACAGCGCUGCAGGAGGCCGCCUUAAACAACAACGUGGAGAUCUGCGAGAUGCUUCUAAAGGCUGGAGCCAAACACAACCUGAAGAAUGUCUACGGGAUCACACCUUUGUUCUCGGCUGCUCAGUGUGGACAAGAGGACUCGCUGCGCUUUUUGGUCAAGCACGGUGCAGACAUUAACUCUGAAGCUGCCGAUGGAGGGACGGCUCUCUAUGAAGCUUCUAAAAACAUACAUGUGGACACCGUGAAGUUUCUUCUUUCCCAGAAAGCAGAUGCUAACAAAUCAGGAAAAACGAGUCUUUUGCCGCUUCACAUCGCCGCUCAGAGAGGAAGUGACGUCGUGGUGUCCAUGUUGAUCCCAGCAACCAGCAAGGCGAGAGUCCGCCGCUGCGGCAUCAGUCCACUUCAUGUCGCAGCUGAACGAAAUCGUGACGACGUCCUGGAGACUUUGAUCGCAGCCGGUUUUGAUGUCAACGCCCAGCUGUCCGAGGAGCGUUCUAAACUGUACGAGGACCGGCGCAGCACGGCGCUCUACUUCGCUGUCAUCAACAACAACAUUGACAAUGUGCGCAUGCUGCUGCAGUCCGGUGCUGAUCCAAACCUGGACGUGUUCCGGCCGCUCAUGGUGGCUGCGAGGCAGGGCUGCAUUGAGAUUGUCACGCUGCUGGUGGAACACGGCGCUGACAUCAACGCCUGCAUACCCACCCACCCCACCACCUUCCCCGCCAUUUAUAUGUUCUCCAUGAAGUACCUGCCCUUGUUCAAGUACCUGCUGGACAACGGAGGCCAGGCCCUCUCCUGUUUCCACUGUGUGUACGGAACCGGACCACACCCAUCGCUCCAAACCAGCAGGCCCCACAGAGGUCACCUGGGCUAUCCUGAAAGAGACAACAAUGCCAGGAGAGGCGUUCAGUUCUGCGAAAUGAUCUCCGCCCCCACUAUCAGUCGGUGGGCGGGGCCAAUCAUUGACAUCCUUUUGGACUACGUUGGUAAUGUGACCCUAUGCUCUCGUCUGUUGGAACACCUGGACAGUUUUGAAGACUGGGCGGUCAUCAAAGAGAAAGCAGCUGUGCCACGGCCGCUGCAGCAGCUGUGUCGUGUGCACGUCGUACAGAUGGUGGGAAAGCGGCGGCUGAUGAGGUUACCACUUCCUGGAGGUCUGAUUCGGUUUUUGCAACACCAGGAACGUUAUGUGGACGUUUAAACUCCUCUUCUUUCUGUCAUAAUCUCAGCUUUUCCUUUUAGGUUUCAUUGAAGCAAACACUAAGAUGUUUUUCACCAAACGUUCUAAACCAGAGGUGUCCAAAAAUUAAAUAAUGAUUUGUUACAUUUUGUACAUGAAGAUACUAAAACAAUACAAUAUAGGUUUAUCAUAUAUGCGAAACUAUCUGAACAAAACAGUCACAUUUUUUAUAAGGAAAAAAGCAAAUAUUCAUAUCUAAUCUAAAACCUUGAGAUGUUUUUUUUAAUUUAAUUGAUUCUUUACUAUUAUUAUUAUUAUUCCACCAACUAAAUCAUUUUUGAAGGCUGUAAACUGAAAACGUACAAUAUCUUGCAAGAAAUGUGUACACAUGUUCAUCAUAACAGGAUGCACAGAAAUUAUCGAAGAACAAAUACAGAAAAGUCAUUUUGGUUUUCAGGUCUCAUUUAAGGGACGAUCGAUUUGGGCAAUUUGUAUUUUUCUGUGUUUUUGUGUAAUGUUCUUAUCUGCCGUGUCUUUAUUUUGUUGGUAGAAUAACUUGGGUCACGUAUAUUUCCAAAACCUUGCAAACAUCUAAUAAUAAUGAUAGCAUGUGCUGAGCUUGCACUACAUUAGUGCUUUGAUUCGACCUAGUUAGAUUAGAUAUAUCUCUCUAGCUCUGUGGGGGGCCUUUUGCUUCCAGGAAAUGAUGUCAUCAAAGUAAACACAUUCCUCCCCAAACAAUAACUUCCUGUUUAGGAAACUUGAUGUGUUCUUUUAUUUUCUACUGCAGUCUUUUGCUUCAUCUACUUAGCAACAGAUGAACAACAAAUUGACAGCAAAUUGACAGCAAAUUAACAACAAUAUAACAACGAAA